AUGCAAACCCAAAGGGACCAUACCGACUUUGUACUUUUUCCUGCGCAAGGCGUCGGUGAGAACAACAUGUUGGCCCUCGAUUCCUCCAGACAGCAACAGACACCGUAUUUUCAACACUUCUCCAUGGAUCCCGCUCUCGUCGACCCCUUCGGCUUCCAGGCGGGUCCGUUGAGCGACUUCGGACAGGCCCAAAAUCCGUCCAAUCUCGCCCCUUCGUCCUACUACGACACGCCGCCGGCCUAUGCCGAUCCCUACCCCGAUCAAUCGAAAGCCCCCAGCUACGCCUCGAUCCCUGCGACUCCACCGCCGGUUCCCGUCUCCCAAUCAGCGGAACCCUAUAUGCCCGGUCUGUCCACCGCGUCCGGGCCCUCUAUUGCCAGCGCUUCGUCGUCGGCUAUUGGAUCCCCUUAUUCGGGAAACUCUCAUGCGAUCCAAGACAACUGGGUGGACACCAAUCACGGCCUGGGCCUUCAGUCUGCACUCAUGAGUGAUCUCCUCCCGACCGAGUACGUGGGGAGCGCUUUCGACGCGGAUGCCUACUAUCAUAAGAAGAGCUCGGACAACUUUAUCAACCCGUCCCUGAUCCAUCCCCUCCAGCAACAACCCCAGCUCACUCCCCCGGCCAUCUCCUAUCCCGAACAGUCUGAUUACCAUUUCUCUCAACCGACGUACAGCCACCACCAAUCCCCGGACCCCUCCCAGCUGCAGCUCCCUGAAGACUAUGCGGCACAGUCCCUGGCGCCGCAGGCCCAUCUGUUCCCGAUGUCCUCCCCUUCCUUGAUGCCGACCAGCUCGCACAACGUCUCCGUGUAUGACCGGCGCUCGUCCAUCUCGUCGGUGCAAUCCCGCCGGUCACAGCUCAGUCCUGCCGCCAGCAGCACGGACGUGGACGAUGACACCAAGGAAAAGGGCCGGUGCCCCCAUCCCGACUGCGGUCGCGUCUUCAAGGACCUCAAGGCCCACAUGCUCACCCAUCAGUCGGAGCGGCCCGAGAAGUGCCCGAUCGCCACGUGCGAGUACCACCAGAAGGGGUUCGCCCGGAAAUACGACAAGAACCGCCACACGCUGACCCACUACAAGGGCACCAUGGUGUGCGGCUUCUGCCCAGGCUCGGGCUCCCCGGCGGAAAAGAGCUUCAACCGGGCCGACGUGUUCAAGCGUCACCUGACGACCGUCCACAAUGUCGAGCAGACCCCGCCGAACUGCCGCAAGCGGAGUCCGGUCGCCUCGUCCAACAAGAGCACCACCAGCUACGGCCACGACGCGACGGGCAAGUGCUCGACGUGCUCUGCCACCUUCGGCAAUGCGCAGGACUUCUACGAGCAUCUGGACGACUGUGUCCUCCGCGUGGUGCAGCUGGAGGAACCGAGCGAGGCCAUCAACCAGCAGCAGCUGGGGGAGAUGGACGACGACGAGGAGGUGAAGAAGACCAUGGAGAAGCACAUGCUCCUCUCAACGGCUGGCUCCGUUGAGAGGGAGGACGACGAGCGGGACGAUGAUGAUGACUCUUACGAACACUCCUCCACCCGCCGCACUGGCAAGGGUCCCCAGAAGACGACCAAGGGCAGCGGGCGUGUCACCUUGGGCACCAACAACGCCGUCUCGAAGCGCACCGUGUCGAAACGACGGAGUAAUCGGGACCGCUACCCGCAGUCCUGGGGCUGCCCCAACAGCAGCAUCAAGACGAAGAAGCGUGUGCUCUGCGUGUUUGACGGCCAGCGUCGCCUGUGGAAGGACGAGAUGAUGCUCGACAACGAGUUCGAGGUCCGCGUCAAGCUUCCCGGGGGCGCCGGCGACGGCACCAACCGGGACGCCUACAUCACCGACCUGGACGUCGAAACGUUGAAGCGGGCCGAGGGCGUCCUGAACGCCACAGAAGAGGAACGGGGCCCCUGGAUGGAGGGGCCCUCCACCCAGCUGAUUGGACGACCGGCAACUAUCUUGCCUGACAUGUCUCUGACCAACGACCAGACGGUGGAUAUCGACGAGCUUCUUCCUCUCUAA